AUGCCCAACUGGACUGUGGAUCCUGCCAACAAAAAACGGCUUCUGGCGCUGCAGAAGGACGGUGCCAACAAAAAAUGUUUUGACUGUGAUGCCCCCAACCCGCAAUGGGCCUCCCCCAAGUACGGCAUCUUCAUCUGCCUGGAGUGCGCCGGAGUGCACAGAGGUCUGGGAGUGCAUAUCUCGUUUGUGCGAUCUAUCUCGAUGGAUCAGUUCAAGCCCGACGAGAUGGAGCGGAUGGAGAAAGGUGGCAACCAGCGGGCCCACGAGUUUUUCGACAAGGCCGGUAUGGCCAGAGAUACUCCCAUCAAGCAAAAGUACAACUCGGUGGUGGCUCGAAAUUACAUGAACUACCUAACCAGUGAGAUCGAGGGCACCGAGUACGUCCCCGAGAAGGAGGGUGCCACCCCCAGUGUUGCCCCCUCCAAGUCACGUGACUCCAGUCGAUCUGGCGAGUCCGAUCUGACUCCCCAGGGCUCUAACGUGGCCUUUUUCGAGGGUCUGGGUGCUAAGAACGCAUCUCGAUCUGCUGACGUUCGACCUUCGGAGGGCGGCAAGUACUCCGGAUUUGGCAACACUCCCGCUCCCGUCUCGUCCAACAACCGACCCGGUGCCACCAUCACGAUGGACAACUUCCAGGCCGAUCCUCUGGGCACUCUGACCAAGGGCUGGGGUCUAUUUUCCAAGACCGUCAGCCAGAUGUCGACUGAAGUCAACAACCAGUACAUUAAGCCUACUGUCCAGAACAUCCAGGAGUCCGAGUACACAAAGACUGCUUUGGAGCACGCACAGAAGCUGGGAGAAACCGUUCAGAAGGAGAGUAAACGGGGUCUGGACCGGUUCCACGAGUUCGUGGAGGGCAACGAGGGCGAUCCCCAGGGCUACAGCCGACCCGGCGAGUCGCGAAACCUGAUCCAGUACGAGGACGAGUCCGAUGAGGAUCCCUUUUCUCAUCUCAAACCCAAGGGUAAAUCCAACAUGACUGGAUUCGGAAAGACUGCCGACGGUGAGGACUGGGGCGAAUGGAACGAGUGGGACGACGAUGGAGUGGAGGACGAGGACGAGGACGAGCAGGUGGCCAAGGUCACCAAGGACGCUGUUCCCCCUGCUGCUGCUCCUUCGGCUACUGAGGCCCCCAAGGCGAAGAAGCCCUCUGCCAAGGAGCGAGCUCUGGCUGCCAAGGCUGAGGCCGAGAAGGCUGCCAAGGAGGCUGAGGCAAAGGAGAAGACUGAGAAGGUUGAUGGAGCCGAGGAAAAGGAGGCUGAGAAGGUCGAGGAGCAAGACAAGGAGCCUCUUGAGGAGGUUGAGCCCGAGGCUGAGCCCGAGAUGGAGCCCAAGUCUAAGAAGGAUGAUUAG